AUGUCUCAGAAGCUCCCUAUCUCUUCUGUACUCCAGGGCGGAUAUGCUCACCCCCUUUCGCGCGAGUGGCAAGCGCGUAAGAAGAUCGACAAGUCCAUGCUCAUGUACCCUAUCUUCAUCACCGAUGACCCCUCUGCACGCGUUGAGAUCCCCUCGUUACCCGGACAAUGCCGUUGGGGAGUUGACCGCCUGGAGGAAUUCAUCGGUCCCCUCGUCAAGAAGGGACUCAAGAGCGUCAUCCUGUUCGGCGUGCCCAUGAAAUGCGAGAAGGAUAUGGCUGGUACACCGGCGGAUGAUCCAGAGGGCCCCGUCAUUCUCGCUAUCAAGAAGCUCCGAGCGCUCUACACAGACCUCUACAUAGCGUGCGACGUCUGCCUUUGCGAAUACACCGACCACGGUCACUGUGGGCUCCUGCACGAUGACGGAACCAUCAACUCGGAGCCUUCCGCAAACCGGAUUGCUGAAGUUGCGGUGAACUAUGCCAAGGCAGGAGCCCACUGCGUUGCACCAAGUGACAUGAUGGACGGCCGCAUUCGCAUGAUCAAGCAGAAGCUCAUCGAGGAAGGCUAUGGGAAUCGCUGCCUGCUCAUGAGCUACUCGGCCAAGUUCGCGAGCGGCCUCUACGGCCCAUUCCGCGACGCAGCCGGAAGCGCGCCGUCGUUCGGUAACCGCAAGUGCUACCAACUACCUGUUUCUGCGAAGGGUCUUGCUCGUCGCGCCAUUCAACGUGACACGGCAGAAGGAGCGGACAUUAUUAUGGUGAAGCCCGCGCUCCCGUACCUUGACGUGCUCUCCGAUGCCGUUCAACUCGCCCCGGACUACCCACUUGCUGCAUAUCAAGUCAGCGGAGAGUAUGCUAUGGUUGUUGCUGGAGCGAGAGCCGGAGUAUAUGACCUGAAGAACAUGGCGUUUGAGACGACGGAGAGCAUCGUUCGUGCGGGGGCUACGCUCAUCUUGACGUACUUCACUCCCCAGUUCCUUGACUGGCUGGACGAGUGA